AACAAUGCAAUCACGAAGUUAAAAAAAGUUUUCUGUUGUAUGUAAUUUAAUAACAUAAAGAUUUUCAAUUAUAUUUAGUUGAAAUUUGUGGUGAAACAAUGGAUUCGAAACGUAUGUUUAAAAUGCACCGCAAAAACAAAUCACGGCAAAAGCUACAUUCGACUGCUAUCGUUAACAACAGCACAACAAAGGAACGGAGCAAAAUACAGGAGUUCGGCGAGAGACUCGACACAAUGGAGGCUAAUCUGAACAGGGUGCUAAACCAAAGCGUACGACAUCAACUAAAUGGACAACUAAGUAAAUACACAAAUGUUGUUAAAGGUUGGCAGUAUCGUUGGUUCACCGUUGAUCCGAAAACAGGCACACUCAGCUAUUAUUUAUGUGAUUCGUCUUCAUCUAAUGAAGAUGUCGCGCCAUCACCUCAUGUAUUAGCCGGUGCGCCACGCGGUCAGGUGCAUUUAGGCGGUGCUGUUGUUUAUCCGAGCGAUGAAGAUUCGAAAACAUUUUCAAUUGGUUGUGCUUCCGGUGAUACAUUAAAGUUGCGUGCAUCAGAUGCGCGUGCACGUCAGGAAUGGGUAGAUGGUUUACGUGCAGUAGUUGAAAGUCAUACACAAGCUAUGGACAUAAGUAUUGCAUCUACCUUACCACCAAGAGAAUUACUAGCAGCUUCAGAUGCAAUGGUGUCAGCAAGACAAGCGCUUUAUCUAACAGAACAGUGUAAUGCCAAUUUGGCGCGUGCAAUAGAAAAUAUUGAUUGUGAAGCGUUCUCUCCAACUGAUCCUGAUCUUCUCAUGCUAAAAGCCAUUUCUACAGCUAGCACACAAUGCUUGCAUCAAUGCUUGAGUCUGUUACAACGCCACCAAGAAAUCCACAGCACAGAAAUUGAGGGCUCCGUUGCUUAAUUCUAAAAACGCAAUUGUUUUAUUUUAAUUUUAGUUAGCAACUCUACUAAGUAUUUUUAAAAAAUUCCAAUUUUAAUAAUUUGAUAACCCAAAUCGUACUGUAAAUAAAUUCAUGUUGUGUCCUUUCCAAACUAAAAA